UCAUUCUCUAGAAAAUCUCGUUAUUGUCGCAUUCGCAUAACCGCCAAAAUGUUCCGCACCGCUCCUCGCAUGGCUGGAUUCGUGUUCCGUGAGAACCGUGUCCCCUAUUACCAGCGUCUCUUCCAGAAGCACGACGGCAAGCGUCAGUGGUACAAGACCGAGCGCAGCAACUACAUUAUGUACCCUUACCUCAUCUCCGUCUAUGGUCUCGGCAUUGCUACCACCUAUGCCAUGGGCCGCAUGGUCUUCGGCCACAAGACCUGGUUCGGUAAGGAGUAAACGCCUAAUACUUUGCCAUGCCAAGUAUGAUCCCGCAGCGUCUCGCGAUUGACAUUCCCUGACUCCAAUUGGCGGUAUGUCUGGGUUUCUGUAACGGUUCAUCUGAGAGGAAGACUGGGAUUAUCGACGUUGUACAUAAAUUAAGCUAGGGCGUCAAUGUGUGAAAUCUUUCCUCGAC